AUGGCGCCUGAUCCUGCGGUGGUGGUCGCACUCGACCACAUCGCACACCCGCCUGACAUUGCUCCGCCGCCACCACCAGAUGGCCCGGGCGACACUCCCACUCCAUUCGAGGCUACCACCAACACCGACAUUGACGGAGACGCCACGAAGAAACUCGGCCCAUUCGACUUGCCACAUGAGCCACAAGAUCCAGUCGAGGCUACCUCCAACACCGACAUCGACGGCGACACACCCAAGAAAAUCAGCCUCUUCGACUUGCCGGUUGAACUGCAAGAUGCUAUCUUCGACUACGCCUAUCCUCCCAUCGUCCAUCUCAAGCUCACCACCAAGGCGUGCUGGGAGGCCGACGAGUACUAUCGCUGCCUUCGCCGUGACACCCACCAGAUUCGGCCCUUCCCGGACGUCAAGAUAUCGGAGUUCUUGGUGUCCAAAAAGUUCUUCGGAACGGCAAUUGAAGCAUGGAUGCGCAACCAAUGGAUCCAAGCGGGCUCCGUCGUACGCAGUCACGUUUACGGCGACGGCGCAGAGUCGGUGAUUACCAAGAAGGCGCCGAACAUCAUCGUCGCUCACACCUACGACCUGAUUCUACUAAAGCGGUGCUUCUCGGCCGUGAAGAGAUUGAAGCUCAUAGUGGAUGUGGGAGAAUUCCAGGAAUUGGCACCCCGGCUCCCAUGGGAAGUAGUAUACGACGACGACGAGAUCAAGACGACUGAAACAUCCUGUCAAGUCUCACAGUUUCGUGGACUGAUCUCUUUCGAGGUUGACCCGGCAGAGCGGUACAUUUCGAAUCUGAGCAGUCAUACGGAGUCGAGGUCGAAGACUUGGAGGCAGAACGUGAAGAAGUUUGGGGAUCUAGUCAAGCCUCUAGUAAUGUUGCCAGCAGACCCGUCUUCACCCGAUCCACCUCGAGGAGAUCCGCUGUCAUCAGAUCUGCUUCCACAAGACAUGCAGUCAAAGAGGAAGUUCAUGAAUCGCCACAUGGAGGAAGACGAGGAUAACGAGUUGAAGUGGGCAGCCAUCGAGAUUGCAGUAUGGCGCGUGUUGGGCAUCACGGCUGCUUGCGUGUGGCUGGCGAAGGUCUGA